UUAAGUGUUCAGCCCCAGCUUCCUUCCACUGGUGAAAGUAGCUACAGUAUCAACAUGUCUGGUGGACAUGCCAGUAUUGGUGACCACAGUGUAACCAAUGUGGGAACAGCAACACCAAGUUGACGUAUACCAAAUAUUAUUUAUUGUUUAAUGACCGUUGCGCUACGUUAGUAGAUUAUAAGAAACUGUUCUUUAAUACUGUAAUCGCUAAAGGACCCUAUACAAUCAAAGCCCUCGUAAGGGACCAACUUGGUAUGUUUUGCAGGUCCAUAGCAGGAGCCCAUAAAACGGAUGGAGCAACGUCCAUGUCACGGCGUAUAUUUCAGAACGAUUGUGACGCGAAUUGACUUAAGAAUCGUAAGAACUUAAGAAUCGUAAAAAGGACCUUGUCAUAACGGUUUUUAUGUAGUCACAGAGUGUUUAUGUCCUGUAUUGUAAUUAGCAUUCUGUUCACUUGUUUAUAUCUUUCAGAACUCCAAGUACUGCGGAAAGUAUCGAAUCUCCAUUUGGGUUUCCGGAGAGUAGGAGUGGUACAAACCCCGUUACUGCUAGCUCAGGAAACCCUACAGAAAGUGAAAAUAUCGCAAAUACCCCUGAAAUACCUACGGCAGUUCCUGAAGUGGGUAGUGUAGGAUCUUCCGAGCAGAUUGCAGUUGCUUCUGGUUCUCGCGGAGCAUUUUCCGGCAGUCCUGUUCCAGAGACAAAAAACUCAGGAACUCCCCCUGGAGAUUCAACCAAUGUUAAUGUCCCUGAAAAAUUACCUGCGAGCGUUCCUGAAGCAGGCAGCGCAGGAUCUUCCAAGCAGAUUGAAGUUGCGACUGGUUCUUGCGUAGUAUUGUGCAGUCCUGUUCCAGAGACAAAAAAAUCAGGAAGUCCCCCUGGAAACUCAGCCGAUGUUAACGUCUCUGAAAAAUUACCUGCGAGUGUUCCUGAAGAAGGCAGUGUGCGAUCCAUCUCGGAAAAGGAAAAUGCUGUCAAGGGUCUUGGAACAUUGUCCUACCCUGUGACUGAAAGUAAUCAUCCUAAAACUCCCACGGAAAAUUCAAGUGACGCUGCUGAUAGCCCUGGGAGAUUCCCAUAUCCGAUUCCUGAAGAAAAUAAAAAACCGGAAUUGGGCGAAUUAGAAAGGGCUGUUUGCACUUCUCGCACUGAAACUACAGCAACUACCGUCGCCUUGUCAAGUAUUGAAGGUUCAGUAAACUGUAGCAGUUCAGAGAGAUGCACACCACUGUCUGGAAUUGAGAAAAAGUUAAACCACAGAAAAGCGUCUGAGGAAAGUGGAGAAACUGCUCAUUUACAGAAGCAGCGUACAUGUAGAGAUGAAAAGAAAACUGCUUCAGCUUCGUCAGCAAUGCAGGGACCUUCAAGUAAGCCUUGUUUAUUUGUCUGGGUACUUUACAUCGUUGUGCAAGUUAGUGCAACACCUUAGAGGGUCAUCUCUUCGAUGUAUUUUUUUGGCAAUACUGUGAUAUUAGACGAGCAUUCUUUGCACAGGGGUUGGGGUGAGUAAGCCUACCUUCCAUGUGGUAGCGGACCGUUCAUAGCCUAGCAUGCGUAGCAGGUGUCGAAAAUGGAGGGGGAUUGGGGAGAGAGGCACCUUCUUUUUUCCCAUUUAUGCUUUUCUCCCCCUCUCCUCCCCUCCCCUUUUUGCGCCUUCACGGCACGCAGGCUAUUCUUUAGGAGGUAACCUCCUACGCAGAUGUUAUUAGGGCUUCUUCAUCCGGUGGAACUCGUGACGAAGUCUUUAUAACGUCUGCGUGCGUGGCUAAUUACCCCAGUAUCUAUGGUGGAACUGCCCACCUACCCCUCCCCCUAAGCCAACAUUUUGCCCUAAGUGAGAAGUAAGCUUUAAUGUUGACUUAAUGAUCCGUAAUAGUUAAAUAUAUGAAAAAGAUCCUCGAUAUAACGAAACCUCUGUGUAGCGAACCAAUUUUGCCGGUCCCUUGGCCGUUUGUUAUGUCGAGGUUCCACUGCAGCAAAAUCCCUACGGGCAGGGGUCAAACAAACUAAUUUUGCAUUCGGCUUGUCCUAUUUUCUUUUGCGCUAGAUAAUAUCAAACUGUCUGUAGCAAGGAAUACCAUUCCACCUACAAAUAGAGCUGAUGAACGAAGCAAUAGACUAGUUGGACAGUGUAGUAUUCCGGGACCGCCACCAGAUCACGCUUUUGCGGCAGCAUCUAAUGCAGCUAGUGCAUUCAAGAAUUCAACCGCACCUUCAAAGGGAAGUUCGUCGAAAGAAGCGCAACACAGAAAAGAAAUAUUUGUGAGAGGUGACUCCUUUCCCGACAGUGAUGUUUCGGUAAACCAAGAUCAGAGGCAGAUAACAGAUUCAAACCAAACAACGAGAGUUGUCGGACACAGCUAUCAACACAGAGUUGGUGACGGUGUGGGUAGCGAGAACAGACGUGAAACAGCACAGAAUGAAAAUAGUUGUGUUGUACCAAUUGAUUCCGAUCCUGGGGAAGACACUAAGGGAAAGGAAAGGUGCGAUAAGGAUAAUUGUAAGAUCAUGUGA